AUAUGAGCGCCGCGCCGGCGCGCCGUCGUCGCCGUGAGUUCAUAUCAGCGCGCCGCCGCCGAUUGAAACAUGCGGCGCGCCGUCGUGGCAAGUUGCAACUUGUUUUCCCGCUCGCACGCACCCUGCGCGCGUGGCGUUCAUUUCGUUCGCUCAGUCGCGUCAAGCAUUUCACGAAGUGUACGCGUGUUGGUAUAAUUAUUGAGUGGCGGUAACAAUGGCAGUCACUUCAACUACUUUUGAUGUUUACAAGACAAAAAUAAAAGAUAUUUAUAUAACACCAAUGAAAAAUCUUUCUACAAAACACACACAUAGUUUUUGCUGGACAGAAUUUGGCCAACUAGCUGUAGAACUAAACGGCAAACGAAGAAAUGUUCUAGGUGAACAAGUAUUUUGUGCAGUUUGCCUACGGAAUGCAAAAACUGAAGACGAGGAUGUUUUGUUUUCAAAGGUCCAAGUAAAGGCUUACAGCAAAAGUAUAGCCACAAGUAAUCUGCUAAGACAUUUAAAAGAUGCACAUGGUUUAGAAGAUACACAAAAAUCUCAAAUUUCGAACAUCACAGAAUUUUUUUCGCCGAGAACUCCAAAAACCAGAGACAAAUACGGAGGAAGUAGCAAAAAAUGCGAUAAGAAGUCACUUUCCCAAGACUUAGCACUUUGGUUUGCUCGAUCGUUGAUUCCAUUUGACACAGUAGACAACGAUGCGAUGAUUGAUUUUUUUAAAAAAUAUAAUAUUAUUGUGUCCGAGGCAGACUUGCCAUCGAGACACAAUAUUGCACGAGAAGGACUGGAAGACGUAUACAACAGUAUGUUGAAUUACAUAAAUGUUUUCAUAUCAAAGCAAAGUUCUCGUUUCGGGGCUUUGACUGCUGAUAUGUGGACGGAUAAAUACAGACGGCGUAAUUAUAUCACUUGUACGUAUCAUUUCAUUUCUGAAGACAUGACUCUCAUCAAAUUUACAUUAGCUACAAAAGAAAUUAUCAUGAAAAAUACUGGCGAAACAAUCCGUGAUGAAAUUUUGGAGGUGUUGCGUAGUUUUAAAAUAGAAAAAAAAGAGAUUUAUUUAGUCACAGAUGCUGGCAGUAAUAUGAAACGAGCUGCAAACUUAUUAGGAUUUGAUAAUCACCUCUGUCUUGGUCACGCUUUACAUAAUCUAGUCAACGUAAAUGGUAUCGAAAACACCAGAGAAAUAGCCAAAAUUUUGAAAAAAUGCAAAAAGAUUGUUAAGCAUGUUCGAUACAGGGCACCACGUGUUGAGGCGGCUGCGUCUGCAGUACAGCAAGAACUGCUUUCUUCUAUUGAAGAAUUUCAAGAAUUCACUGAACAUCUGGAAGAUGAUGAUUCAAAUGACUCAGAAUCAGAAUCCACUGAGAUACCUGAAACUCCUGAAAGGGCUUCAAGUUCCAGACAGCAUUUGCUGCCUCCUCCUACCAUUAAAACGAGCACAAGCACAAGAUGGCAUAGCAUUUUGAUGAUGCUUAAAAGUAUUUCUAAUUAUGCAAAUCGCCAGCCUAUAAACAUAAUUCUCACUGAAAUAGGACGAAGUGGUCUCGUAUUACAAGAUGCUGAACAUGAAACCAUUGAGGCUCUGAUCAAGUUUCUUGAAAAUUUUAAAAAAAUCGUUGAGGUUUUAAGUGCAGAAACUCGACCAACGCUGAAUCUGGUUUUAGUCUUUCGUUCAGAGGUAAAGAGAUUACUUGAAGAAGCAAGCGACGAUGAGCCUCUCGUAAUAUCGAGACUCAAAAAUAAUAUGUUAGAGGGUCUGGAAUCCCGUUUUCCAUUAACCGAUGUGGUUGUUGCGGCAACUUUACUUGAUUGUAGAUUUCAUUCUAUUAAUGAGAUUAAUGAAUAUAUGCAAACCAAAGAAGUCACUAAAGUUUCAUUUUUAUCAUCAAUGAUCAAGCAUCGGCUGGCAACAGAAGACAUUCAACAAAUUCCAGUUAUUGAUUCCUCUAAAGCUGGACAGAGUUCUUUUGAUAGUACUUCAAACUUUUUACUGGAUUUAGCGCGAAGACACAGCACCACUCAACGUGAUUCCGAGAGUGCAAUAGAAAACGAAUGCUGGAAAUAUUUCAGUACAGCAUGUCCUGAAGAUUUAGAACCUUACGGUGGAGACGUUUUACAAUACUGGAAAGACCGGAAAACUUCUAUGCCAUCGUUAUAUACUCUUGCACGCUCGAUUUUGAAUAUACCAGCAACCAGUACGCCGAGCGAGAGAGUAUUUUCCACAGCUGGACUCGUGAUAACUGCAAAACGUUCACGACUUAAUCCUUUAAGACUAAAUAGGAUUAUAUUUGUGCAUGACAAUUAUAGAUUUUGCAAAGAAUCUAUAAAAUAGACUUUUUAAUCUAGAAAUCGGUAAACUUUAUUUCUUUUUAUUAAAAGACUCUAAACUCGCCAUUAACAAAAUUAAAGUACCUACUUAUUAGUUUAACUUAUAUGUUUUUCAACGUUAUCGAAGAAAAAACUAGUUGUUCUUUGUGUUUGUGAUUAUAAUGCAUAUUUUUU